CCCAAACCCUCUCGCUCGCGCCCGUCCCUCCCCAAAAACCCAUGGCCGAAUCGAGAGUCCUCGUCGCUGCCAUUCUUCUCGAAUCUGACAUAGGUGGUUUCUUCCUCAGGGCUGAGAGAAGAAGCAUAUACCUACAACCAUGACAAUGGCUGCCAUGGCUGAAGAUGAAGAGGACGAGCGUGACAAGGUUUAUAAGGCCAUGCGUGGAGGCAGAAGAAACCCGAUUGGGAUGAAUCGAAGAUUAUACACAGUGCCGGUGCUGGACAGAGCAUCCAUGGCUGCCUCCAUCGAUAACACAGAAGAUGAUCAAUCUACAUUUGCAAGGCCACAUACUGAAGAUCUUAGCCUGGUCAGGAGUUCAUCCAAAGCUAUUGAAUGCACCUUAGAUAGCAACAUGCAGACAUCUAAUAAUCGUCUCAUUGAAUAUUCAAGUCCUGUCAAGGUUUCACUACCUGUUGGAGGUGGCAAUAGUGAGGAGAUACCAACGGUAAUUAUUAAAGAUGGGAGUCCAUUCAAACUCAUACAGGAUUAUGCUUCUGAUGAUAGUGCUGACGAUGAUAAAGGCACGUGCCUAGAAGAUGUCAGCCCCGUAAGGGUUUCGCCACCAGUUACACAGGAUAUCUCAUGUGUGAAUGAAGAUAAGAGGAAUGAUAUGGAUUCAGAUUUAGAUGUAAAGAAUGUUUCCACAACUGAAAUAGGAUUCAAUAUUGCCACUGGGUUGACAGAAGCUGCCCAAAAUUUAGAAGCACAUUAG